AUGGUGAGAUGAGAGGGGUUUAUGAAGAACAAUGUAAUGCAUUAGGAAUGGGUAGGGAACCUUUUUCACCCUAUUCAGAGACAUACAAUCCUAGUCGGAGGAACCAUCCCAAUUUUAGUUGGAAGGCUAAUCAAAACCAUCCCACAUCAUCCAAUAGUACUUGGAAUAGUGAAGCUCAACCACCUAGGUCUUACCCUACACCUCAAUACAAUGCACGACCAAAUAGGAAUCCUUCAGAGGAAACACUUAAGGCAUUUAUGGAGGCACAGACUAAGACUAACCAAAAGUUUGAUUCUAUUCUUACACAGGUGGUUGAAGAAAACAAGGAUAUCAAGAGUCAACUAACUAAGUUGACCAAUGCUCUUACUAUCCAAGAACGAGGUAAGAUUCCAUCUCAACCUCAAGCUAAUCCUAAAAAUUUACAUUUGGUGCAGGAAUCUACCUCUAAUUCGGAGAACAUUCAAGGGGUCAAUGCAAUCACUACUCGUACUGGUAAGGUUAUAGAGCCAUUGCAAAAAUCACCUAAAUUGAAGGAUGCUACUCCAAGUAGCCGUGAAGAUGACCUGUUGGAAGAACCUGAGAAGGAGGUCCCAAUUCGAGUUCCUUUCCCUCAAGCUCUUCAAACUGGAAAGAUUUCAAACAACCAAGGUGAGAUUUUAGAAAAUUUGAAAGAAGUUAAGAUUAAUCUACCUUUGUUGCAUGUGAUUAAACAGGUACCAACUUAUGCCAAGGUGAUCAAGGAUCUAUGCACCAUAAAAAGGAAACACCAUGUCAAGAAAACUGCAUUCUUGACAGAGCAUGUAAGUGCAGUAAUUGAGCAAAAAACACCGCCAAAGUACAAAGAUCCAGGGUGCCCAACAAUUGCUUGCCAAAUUGGGUCACAAGAGUUCGGUCAAGCGCUUUUGGAUUUAGGAGCAAGUGUGAAUUUAAUGCCUUAUUUAGUUUAUUUGCAACUAGGUCUUGGAGAGAUAAAACCCACAUCUGUGGUAUUACAGUUGGCUGAUCGUUCUUGUAGGAAACCAAGAGGGAUAGUGGAAGAUGUUUUGCUUCAGAUUGAUAAAUUUUAUUAUCCUGUUGAUUUUCUUGUGUUAGACACUCAGUCUGAAGUUAAUAGUGAGUCAAAGAUUCCACUUAUUUUAGAAAGGCCAUUUCUUGCUACUGCUAAUGCUCUUAUUAAUUGUAGGAAUGGCUUGAUGAAACUUUCAUUUGGGAAUAUGACUUUUGAGGUGAAUAUUUUUCAUGUUGGGAAGCAACUAUAUGAUGAUGAUGAAUGUUAUCAAACCUACAUGAUAGAUUCACUGGUUGAGGAAGUAUAUGAAAGGGAAAAUUCUAAAUCUUUAGAAUACCUCAUUGGUGACUCUGAUUUAGAUGAUGACUUUUUGAAUGAUCAUUCUAAUGUUUCCUCUAUUUCUAAUGCUAGGCAGGAUAAACGUAGAAAAUUUUUAGAGCCAGGGUUUGAGGAGUUGCUACAUGAUAGGAAACAUCUGAAGCCAUUUUCAAUGGAGAUGCCACCUUGUGAAGGAUUGAAGCAUGCAUUCUUGGGAGAGUCUUCCAAAUUAUUGGACAAUGGUUGAGACAUUAUAUGGAGCGAGUAGACCAACCUGAGGAGAUCAUUCUUUUGGCUCCCGUCUACGAUGCUUAAUCAGGUUUUAUCUUUCCAUACUAUCAUUUGUUUUUCUUAUUUUCUUUUAGUAGUUUUUCUUUU